AUGUCGGGCCACGAUCGUCAUAGAUCAUUGUGGGAGCAUUAUUACAAAGAUUGCCACGGGAUCAUCUUCAUAAUUGACAGCAGUGAUAAACUGCGACUGGUUGUUGUGAAAGAAGAGCUGGACAUGCUCUUGCAGCAUCCCGAUGUUGCAGGACGCAAGAUACCCAUUCUCUUUCUGGCGAACAAGAUGGACCUACCCGAUUCUUUGACCACCGUAAAAUUAGUCGCUGGACUUGGACUCGAGCGAAUACAAAAUAAACCCUGGCACAUACGAGCGACGAAUGCAUUAACUGGCGAGGGCCUGCAGCCGGCGAUCGAGUGGCUGACGGAUCAAAUUCGCGAUAUAUACAUCAACAAAAGAUAA